AUGUGGCUACUCAAUGUCGGUACCCGGAAACUCGAGGAGUACGUCUCAGAAGAAGACAACUACGGACGGUACGCCAUCCUCUCCCACGUCUGGGAAGACGAAGAAGUCACCUUUCAAGAUGUCUGGAACGGUAUCGCCAACCAAAAAUCCGGCUACAAGAAAAUCGAAUACACCUGCCAGCGCGCGGCGCAGGAGGGCUUGGAUUUCGUCUGGAUCGACACUUGCUGCAUCGAUAAAACCAGCAGUGCGGAGCUCUCGCAGGCGAUCAAUUCGAUGUAUAGAUGGUACUAUCAGGCGAAAGUCUGUUAUGCGUAUCUGUACGAUGUUCCGGGGGUGGAGUUCAGGGAAAGCAAGUGGUUCACGAGAGGAUGGUGUUUGCAGGAACUCAUCGCGCCGGGAUUUCUUGAGUUUUACGAUGCCGAGUGGAAUUCGGUUGGAAGCAAGAUCAGUCGAGUGACGGAGAUCUCUGAGAUUACGAGUAUUGAUCCGAAGGUGUUGAGGGAUAGGGACACGAUUACGACGAUGAGCGUGGCGAGUCGGAUGGCUUGGGCUGCGAAUCGAAAGACUUCGCGCCAGGAGGAUUGGGCGUACUCGUUGAUGGGGAUUUUCGAUGUCAAUAUGCCGAUGUUAUACGGCGAAGGACCAAAGGCUUUCGCCAGGUUGCAAGAGGAGAUUAUCAAAAACUCGACGGAUCACUCGAUCUUGGUCUGGCAAGCUUGGAAACCUGGCCACGACACUCUGCUCCUCGCCCCGUCUCCAUAUGGAUUCCGCCGAGCUCACAACAUCAUGAGCUGGACGCAGCCUGGCAUCGACGAAUCAUUCAUCCUCUCGAACAAAGGCCUCCGCAUCUCCCUCCCAAUCCUAGAGAGCAUGAAAGAUCCCACGCUCCUCACAGCCGUCCUCAACUGCCGCUACUCUGACAACACAACCUCCCAAAUCGCCCUCUUCCUCCACAAACAACCCCGCGGCAUGAUCGUCCCGACAAGGAACCUCAGCAGCCUCGUCUGCGCCAUGUGGUCCUACCCCAAAGGCGACGGAACCCUCACAUCCAUCCACAACCUCGAAAGACACAAACUGCCCUCGGCGAAAUGGCACGACCUCAUGAUCCUCCGCGAGCCGCCGAAAGAACAAACCGGCGCCCCCGCCGCGAUCUGGAAUCAGAAAAUCUCCUUUCGCAACACCGUUACCCAGCUCAGCUUUUUGAAAGUCCACCCGGACGAAGCUUGGGAUCCCACGGGGAAAACCAUGACCUUCGUCAUGACCGGCUCUCCCGAGCACGACCAUGGAUACAUCGUCCUCAGCGAACGUGACGGCAAGCAUAAGUUCAUUCUUGUCUUCAGCCAGAUCAUGAACUCCGGCACCGUUGAGCCAAGAGUCUGUCUCACCCGCAGCACGACGCUCCCUGCAUCACGGUCUUUGGACACGACGCAGGUGCAGAAGCGGAGCAAGACGGAGUUCAAGAAGGGCGUUUCAGAUCUCGUCGCUGAGGUGGAGAGGAACCUUUCAAGUACGGGGGAGUUGGAAUGGGUGAUUCACAUUCGGACAGAACAGUCGCCGCACGCCUCAACGACCUCCUUUAAGAACCCCCUCACGCACCUCGUCCGCGACAUGCAUAUCACCAAAACCUACGCCUGA